AUGCCCAACUACUGGACCCAAAAAGAGGUCUACGAUUCAUGGAUGGAUCGCGAAGCUCACGUUACGGCGCCGUCCUGGGCAGAUGGAGACGACGAGGACAAUGGGCACUGCGAUGUGUCCAAACAGCCUUUGAGAGAAAAGAAUUGCAGGAAGAAUGGGAAGUACACCCACGUGCCUCACAGAGAUAAACCACCGCAGGUUGUCGCGAGGAGGAACGCUCGGGAACGAAAUCGAGUUCAAGCCGUCAAUAGUGCCUUCAUGAAGUUGAGGAAGGCUGUGCCAUACGAGAAUAACAGGGGAAAGCGGAUUAGUAAGGUAAAGACUCUUCAAAAUGCCAUCGAAUACAUUAACAAUCUACAGGAACUCUUAAGGAACGAUGGAUAUUGCGAACCAUUAAACAUAGUGGCAAGUUAUUAUUAUCCGUCACCUCCGAAUGUUGCGGUUAACGAAUUAGAAUAUGGACAGGGCGGAGGAUACUAUUAAAACACAACAUUAGGAUAAUUGGAACGGAUCUAGUCAUUUCUUCAAAUUGAAUAUUUAU